UCGAAUCGUACGGACAUCUAAGAAAAUAUAGAGCGCUCUGAACCGGAUAAUUAACCAAGAAUCGAGUCGUGAAGGGUUAAUGUCGCGUUGAAAGUGAACAGGCCGUUGAAAAACCUGAAAAAUAAACGAAACUGUGGCAAAUUGUGAUACAAAAGGUGUGCAAAAGCAAAGGCAAACAACAAAAACAAAGCCUAAACACAGGCGUCGAGCCAACAGCUGUUUUCCGUGCGCGCUCUCUCGCAAUCGCUCUCGCGCGUGCUCUCCCGCUCACCGUUCAGCGCUCUCUGUAUUCAGCAUUCAGCAAACCUCUCUCCGACGCUGGCAGAGACAGCGCAGCGCAGCCAUAUAGUUUCCCGUUUAAAAAGAGAAGUUUGCUCUCUCUCAUGCUGCCAACGUCGCGGUAGACGUCAAACAGUUGAGAGUACCAGCGCGGACAACACACGGCAGUCGGGUUUUCAACUCGGCCGGGAAAAGUCUUGUGAACCGCAUUGCUCGUGGAACUAAAAAUUUUCCUGCUCCGCGAACUCACUCCGCGAGAAAGAACAGAACCGAAUGAUAGAAAGAAAACGAGAGAGAGACGGAGACAGAGGAAGCAACGGUUAAGUUAAGCCAGCGAAACACGGGCAAAAAGACUGAAAACACACACGUGGAUUGUUCACUCACACCCCAACACCUCUCACACACACACACUCACCCAGCAGCUCCAACUGUUCGCUGCAUUUAUGUAAAACCAAACAAAGACUGAUUAAAACGCUAAUAAUAUAUACAAUAAACGUAACGAAACAAAGUUAAACACGCGAACAGCAGCUAAAUAUUAUACGGGUUAAAGUUAAAGCGAAUUCCAAAGCAAACACAUAUGGAUUAAGGUUCCUCCUAUCUCAAAAAACAAAAACAAAAGCAAACGCAAAAUAAAAGAAACAACCAACACAUAACUCACACACACACACUCACGGAUUACCUGCAGCGGCAAAUUACCGUUAGCCGCUCUUUUUGGAUUACCAGUGCCAAUAAAAACCACAAAAGUGAAUUUUUUCGAAAGUGAAGAAAGCGAAAACAACGCCCGCAAAAUGCUAAAAAUCUGAAAUCUAAAAAGUAAAAAUCAACCAAAAGCGAAUUCUGUGUUAUCGAAACGAGAGCAAAAGCUAAAAGAGCCCCUGAAACCAGCUAUGACGAUGGCCGCCUGUUAUGCCAACUACGACAUGUCGUCCCUGUCGCACGGCAUGUCGGCCCUGUCCGCCCUACAGCAGCAGCAGCAGCAGCAACAACAGCAGCAGCAGCAACAGCAGCAGCAGCAGCACAGUCAGACGCAGCAGCAGCACAGCCAAACGCAGCAGCAGCAUCACCACCAGCAGCAACAGCAACACAUGUACCACGCUGCAGUGGCUGCACACCAGCAACAGUUGCUGCAACAGCAGCAGCAACAACAGCAGCAGCAGCAGCAGCAGCAUCACCGCCAGCAACAACAACUCCAUCAGCCCGCCAACAACAACAGCAACUCGCGCCACAGCCACGCGGCGGCGGCCCAAACGCAGGUCGCCGCCGCAGUUGCCAAUAGCAGACAACAACAACAACAACAACAACAGACUGCCAACAGCAGCAGCAACAGCAACUCAGCUCCCGCUCCGUCACCCCAGAAGGAUUACAGCAUCCCACUGCACGUGGACUGCAGCGUGGAGUACGAGCUGCCCAACCAGCCCAAGCCGCCGGCGGGCCAAAGGGUGGAGCCGCUGCUGAUGAUCCACCCGUGCUACUUCCGCAAGAUGGAGUCCCAGCGUCGGAGUCCAUUCGUGAACAACAUGCAUGCGACCGCUCGGGCGGUCAGCAGCAGUUCGCUGAGCAGUGGAGCGGCCUUAGGCGGAGGCGGAAGCGGUGCGGCGGUGGCCACGGCUCCCAGUAGCAGUGCCGCGAGGCGGGGAGCCAGGGCUGCCACAACAGCCCAGCAGCAGCAGCAACAACAGCAGCAACAGCAACAACGCUACCAGCAACAGCAGCAGCAGCAACAACAGCGCUACCAACAACGCCAGCAGCAGAUCGGAAUACUCCCGCUGAGCGAUAGCGUCAACAACCCGCAUUCCCGCAACUUGAACGGCGGACAUGCUUUGUGUCAGCAACAGCAACAGCAGCAGCAGCAACAGCAACAGCAACGUGCCACCAGCAACCAAAGCCAACGCCAAAGCCAAAGCCAAAGUCAGAGCCAUGCAGCCAACUCAGCGGCGGCAGCUGCGGCGGUACAAGCCCAGGCCCAUGCCUCGAUAGCCGCCGCAGCCGCCGGCCAGUGGGAUCAGCUGGCUGCUGCGUUAGCCGCCCGCACCGCCCUAACGCCCCACCACAUGCUGCACCCUCAUGCCGCUUCUCACUACGCGGCCAAGGGCAGCGGCGGCGGGGCAGGAGGCGGCAAGCGGGAUGCCAUGAUCUCCGGCAGCAACUACGGACAGACGGCGGUCGCCUCGGGGAAGCUGCAACAGCAGCAACAGCAACACUGCCUGCCUCCUCCGCCCUGGGACGCGACGUCCAUGCUGAUGGACCGCUCGCCGAUGGCCACAGUUCCUAGCAAUUAUCAGGCCGGCCCUGACACCAAUCCCAUGCGCCUCUACUCGGCCACGCCUACCUCUGGGGCAGCCACGGGUGGGUCGGCGUCAGUGGGCGGGGGCUCGGCGGUGAGCGGUGCGGGAGCGACGGGAGCGGUGAACACGGCCACGGACAAGCUGAGCGGAAAGUACCGCCAGUACUUGCGUUCGCAGCGGAUGCACCCGUAUGCGGCGGCCGCGUCGCUCAACUUGGCAGCCGCCGCCGCUGCCGCCGGUCAGACUUCUUUCGUGCCGUUCAGCUCGGCGGCCACGGCGGUGGCGGCCACGCCAACAUUCCAGCACCUGCCGCAGAUCUCCUGCUACAACGUGUGAUGCCGCAGCAGCAGCAGCAACAACAACAAAAAGGACAACGGCAACAUCAGCAGCAGCAGCAGGAAGAGCAGCAACUUGCAACAUGAGACAGGCGCCUACCAAGUACGCGUCGAUGAA